AUGAUAAAUUCAAAAAAGAUGCUCGGGGAUGGAAAAGAGGGAACAUCUACAAUACCCGGAUUUAAUCAGAUACAAUUUGAAGGGUUUUAUCGGUUUAUUGAUCAGGGUUUAAUCGAAGAACUUUCGCAAUUUCCAAAAAUUGAAGAUAUAGAUCACGAAAUUGAAUUUCAAUUAUUUGUGGAAACAUAUCAAUUGGUAGAACCUCUGAUAAAAGAACGAGAUGCUGUCUAUGAAUUACUUACAUAUUCUUCUGAAUUAUAUGUAUCCGCGGGAUUAAUUUGGAAAACCAAUAGGAAUAUGCAAGAACAAAGAAUUUUUAUUGGAAACAUUCCUUUAAUGAAUUCCCUUGGAACUUCUAUAGUAAACGGAAUAUACCGAGUUGUGAUCAAUCAAAUAUUACAAAGUCCUGGUAUCUAUUACCAGUCAGAAUUGGAUCAUAACGGGAUUUCGGUCUAUACUGGCACCAUAAUAUCAGAUUGGGGGGGCAGGCUAGAAUUAGAGAUUGAUAAAAAAGCAAGAAUAUGGGCUCGUGUGAGUAGGAAACAGAAAAUAUCUAUUCUAGUUCUAUCAUCAGCUAUGGGUUCGAAUCUAAGAGAAAUUCUAGAGAAU